UCAUUUUGAUUUUUUCUCUCUCUCUCUGUGUCUCUAUCUUUUUCUUUCUCCUCUGUUUGUUCUCCCCCUGCACUCUGACCAGCACGUUCACGGCAGAGUUCAGAAUUGCACUACCAUGUCUGCGGUGGCUUCUCUGCAGUAAGCACAAAAAGGUUAUGCUGCCCAAAAGCUGUCUGAGUCCCAGUGAGAAAGAGAAGGGCUAAAGCCACUGCAGCACAACAGCUUCUACGCGUCUCCUCAGCAGAGCCAUGAGCAACCCCAGCCCCCCCAGCCCCCCCCGCCCCCCCCGCCAGGUCACCAGCGCUGUGGCAUCGGCCGUUCACGGCCCCGAGGCUCCUGCCGCCUCCUCCCGACACGGCGUUCCGCGCCCAGAAGAGGAGGACGACGGGGAUCUGAAUAAAGCUUUGGGAGUCCAGCGCUUCCAGCAGAUCCUCCGCCCCGCUGCUUCUGUGCCUGACGAGCAGCACCACACCUGCCAUGAAGAGGACAUUGAAUACCACCGUCACUCUUCCCAUCACAUCCACCGGCCUCUGUCCAAGCUGCCCUCUGAGGGGCGGAGGAAGAAGAGCGGCAAGAAAAGGAGAAAGGACAAAGAUCACAAAGCCAGCAGUGUUCCUAGCAGUGGCCCCAUAGAAGAGGGAGAAGAUGAAGAGGAAGAGGAAGACGAGGGGACAGAGUCGACCUCUGGACCAUCUGAAUCAGAGCGACCCAGAGAUGUGGAGUUCUUCCUGUCGGAUGAAGACCAGUUGGCCAAAAGUGGCAGAGAGAGCCCACACUCGCCCAGAGAGCUGAACAUUGUACCACAGGCUGCUGUGGAAGCAGAAUCUGAGGCCUCCUCCACUGACAAACCAGCUCCGGUGGAGGCUCCCAGCCCGGCUCCCCAGUCCCCCGGACACCCGCCGCUGGCCCGGGUCUCCUCCGCCGGCCGCAGCUACGACCUGCAGGAGCGCCGCCGCACCGGAAACAUGACGGGCGCCGAGCAGGCCAAGUACCAGCGCAUCCCCACAGACGAGAGCGAGGCCCAGACGCUGGCCUCCGCCGACCUGGACGGCAUCAAGAGUCAUCGUUUCGAGGAUGUUCCGGGUGUGCGCAGGCAUCUCGUCAGAAAGAGCACCAAAGGACAAGUGGUGCACACAGGCAAGGACCACAAAGAGCCCACGACUCGCAGCCGAAAGCAGGACCGCACUCCUCAUGAGGUGUUUGUGGAGUUGAACGAGCUGAUCAUGGACAAGAACCAGGAGAUGCAGUGGAAGGAAACGGCCCGUUGGAUCAAGUUUGAGGAAGACGUAGAGGAGGAGACGGACCGCUGGGGGAAACCUCACGUUGCUUCGCUGUCUUUCCGCAGUUUGCUUGAGCUCAGAAAGACAAUCUCCCAUGGUGCGGUGCUGCUGGACCUGGACCAGAAAACCCUGCCUGGCAUCGCUCACCAGGUGGUGGAGAAGAUGAUAAUUUCUGACCAGAUCAAAGCUGAGGAUCGAGCUAAUGUCCUGAGGGCUCUGCUGCUUAAACACAGUCACCCGAGCGAUGAGAAGGAGCACACUAGCCAUUUCCCCAGAAACAUCUCAGCAGCCAGCCUGGGCAGCCUGAUAGCGCACCACCACACGGCCAACCACAGCCACCCGCAGGAGCCCUCGGUCACCGACCCCCUCAUGGGGACCGCCAACUCCACAGAAGACACGGAAACGCGCAUCGACAUGGACAAGAACGAGCUCCAGAAGGAGCCGACUCUGACGCCCGGCAUGCAUCGAUCAAAGUCCAAACAUGAGCUCAAGCUGCUGGAGAAGAUUCCUGAGAAUGCCGAGGCCACAGUGGUCCUUGUGGGCUGCGUGGACUUCCUGGAGCAGCCCACCAUGGCGUUUGUGAGGCUGCAAGAGGCGGUGGAGCUGGAGUCCGUCCUGGAGGUGCCGGUGCCGGUCCGGUUCCUCUUUGUUCUGCUGGGACCGCCGACCACCAGCAUGGACUACCACCAGAUAGGACGCUCCAUCUCCACCCUCAUGUCUGACAAGCGAUUUCAUGAGGCAGCUUAUCUGGCAGAUGACAGGCAGGACCUGCUGAACGCCAUCAACAGCUUCUUAGACUGCAGCAUCGUGCUCCCGCCUUCGGAGAUGGGAGAUGAUGAGCUGCUGCGCUCCGUCGCCCGUUUCCAGAGGGAGAUGCUGCGCAAGAGGGAGGAAUUGGAGGUCAAACUGUUGGCCAAAGAGGCCAAAAGCCUUGAGGAAAAAGAAGCUCUGCUCACGCCUCUGAAGAAGUCGGACGACCCUUUGCAGCGCACGGGCCGCCCCUUCGCCGGCCUGAUACGAGACGUGCAGCGCCGCUACCCAAAAUACGUCAGCGACUUCAAGGACGCCCUGAACAGCCAGUGCAUGGCCGCCGUCAUCUUCAUCUACUUCGCUGCCCUCUCUCCCGCCAUUACAUUCGGAGGCCUGUUGGACGAGAAGACGGAAGGCUUGAUUGGCGUCUCGGAGCUGAUCGUGUCCACGGCCGUGCAGGGCGUCCUCUUCUGUCUGCUCGGAGCUCAGCCGCUGCUGAUUGUUGGCUUCUCUGGUCCCCUGCUGGUCUUUGAAGAAGCAUUUUACAGUUUCUGCAAAGCCAAUGCCAUAGAGUACCUGACGGGCCGCGUGUGGAUCGGCUUCUGGCUCAUCAUCAUCGUGGUGGUCACCGUGGCCUUCGAGGGCAGCUUCCUGGUGCGCUUCGUCUCCCGCUUCACCCAAGAAAUCUUCUCCUUCCUCAUCUCCCUCAUCUUCAUCUGCGAGACCUUCAUCAAGCUUGGCAGGAUUUUCAAGGAGCACCCCCUGACGCGCUGCCCGCUGGUGAACGCCUCUGAGGGCGCGCUCUCCAUGGAGCCGAGCAACAGCAGCCUACCCGGGACGGUGACGGGGGAGCCCAACACGGCGCUGCUGUCGCUGGUCCUCAUGGCGGGAACCUUUUUCAUCGCCUUUUACCUGCGCAAGUUCAAGAACAGCGCCUUCUUCCCUGGAAGGCUCCGCAGGAUCAUUGGAGACUUUGGUGUACCAAUUGCAAUCCUCAUCAUGGUUUUGGUAGAUUACAGCAUCCAAGACACCUACACACAGAAACUGAGCGUUCCCAGAGGAUUCUCUGUGACCAGCCCCGAAAAACGAGGCUGGGUCAUCAGUCCUUUGGGCUCAGACGGUGAGUUCCCCAUCUGGAUGAUGUUCGCCUGCUGUUUGCCCGCCCUGCUGGUUUUCAUCCUCAUCUUCAUGGAGACUCAGAUCACCACCCUCAUCGUCAGUAAGAAGGAGCGGAUGCUGGUGAAGGGCUCCGGGUUCCACCUGGACCUGCUGCUCAUCGUGGUUCUGGGCGGCAGCUCGGCGCUGUUCGGCCUGCCGUGGAUGGCGGGGGCCACCGUGCGCUCGGUGACGCACGUCAACGCGCUCACAGUCAUGAGCAAGGCCGUCGCCCCGGGAGACAAGCCGCGCAUCCAGGAGGUGAAGGAGCAGAGGGUCACCGGGCUUCUGGUGGCCGUCAUGGUCGGGAUGUCCAUCGUGAUCGGCGACCUGCUGCGUCAGAUCCCGCUGGCCGUGCUGUUCGGCAUCUUCCUCUACAUGGGCGUGAUGUCGCUCAACGGCAUCCAGCUGACGGAGCGCAUGAUGCUGCUGCUCAUGCCGCCCAAAUACCACCCCGACCACACCUACGUCCGCAAGGUCCGCACGCUGCGCAUGCACCUGUUCACCUGCAUCCAGGUGGUGUGUCUGGCCGCCCUGUGGGCCGUCAUGUCCACCCAGGCGUCCCUGGCCUUCCCCUUCGUCCUCAUCCUCACCGUCCCCGUCAAGAUGUUCCUGCUGCGCCGCAUCUUCACCGUCAGAGAGAUGGCCUGCCUGGAUGCAGACGACGCAGAGCCAAAGUUUGACGAGCGCGACGGACACGAUGAGUACUCGGAGAUGCACAUGCCGGUGUAGCCCCCAGCGGGCCCUCGCAGCCACUGACCCCCCCCCCCUCAUCCGGUACCCAGAUCUGGGAGUCUGUUCGGACGAGUUCAGGGAGGAGAUUCCGAAGGGCCUUGUUAGUCGUUUCAAUAUUUAUGAGGUCGAUCUGCUGGUUGUCAGCAGUUUGUUGCUCUGAUGAACAAAGUAAGAUGGGCGUUUGUUCAUUCAUGACAUGCUUUUUUAAUUUUUGUUUUCUUUAAUGUGUAUUUCAGGGGACAAGAGAUUUCAAAUCAAUUUAUUCAAAUCUCCAGCUCAAAUUUAUACAUGAAGGUAGUUAAAUUAGCAAAACUGAUUAAUUUUUAGCCCUGAAAAGUUGCUAUGAUUCACAUUGAAUAUGUGGAGGAUAUAUAGGAUACAUUCCUUUUAACAUUAACAUGCAAGUGGUAGUUUUUUAUUCUUUAUUUUACUCUCACAAAGCGCCUUAUGAAGGACACUGAACUGUUUUUUUUCCUCAUUCUGUCAUUGAGACAGCUGACAGCUGAUAAACAAGGCUGGUAAACACUUUUUUUUUAUUUUAGACUAAACAAAUCUGAACAAUGACUAACAAAAUAGUUUUUUAGCCUCAUGGUGUCCUUGUAAACCUCUUACUGACCUAAUUAUUUAGAUAUGCUUCUUAACUCAUUUUUACCCUGGCCUUCCUUAGUUAUGCAUUUCUUUGUAUUCCAAUCCAACAGUUUUAUUGAUUUUCAGCUUUAAAUGUCAGAUUCUGUACCUGCAGCACCAGCAGAGGGAGAUCUUGGACUGUUAUGUUGAAGAUGCACCAAAAAUCUGAACUUGAAAGGGCAACUUUGCCACUACACUAAUGCCACGACAUCCGUCUCUCCACAGACGUACUUUUCUUUUUAUUUUCUUUUUAAUUUUUUUGUGACACACUAUUGACGCAGUAGCCUAAUAAAUACACUCUAAAUGUCUCCAUGCACAUGUUUAGGGCACUAAAGCACUAAAAUGUUUCACGUGGUGUGGUUGCUGGUUGGUUUAAUGAAUUAGUUUCUGUCCGAGUGCCAAAUGUCCAGUGUACAUUUUUUUUUGUGGUCAACAUAAGCUGCAGUUCAGUCAUCUCUACUCUGUUUUUUCUGAUUUUGAAGAAGCCAAAAUCUUCGCGUUUUUGAUUCCAUGUUUCCAAAAUUCCAUGUUUCUCCAGUAGCAAUUGCAUGUUUUUAAACAUUUUACUUGCAAGCAUAUGAACCUGGUCAACCAAAUUACCGAACAGGCUGUGCAGACAAUCUCAAUAAGAGGGAAGGCUUUUAAGUGUGUGUGUGUGUAUAUUUACAUAUAUAUACAGCACAAUUUAUUUUUUCUCUUUUUAAAAAAAGUUUUGCAUCAUGCUGUAUCUGGGCAACGUGGAAUGGUUAAAACUUUGACUGUGUCAAAAUGAAAUCCCUGGUCUUCUGUUACGCUCCGGCUUUUCCCUCCAGCGUGUCUCCGCCUGACUGAAGGUGUGCUCUUGUGCCUGUGUGGUGUUAAAAUUGCACAACA